CUCACGUGGGACACGCGAGGCCGGAAGUGGCUGAGCACCGCGUGGCUGCAGUGAGGGGAGCCUGUCGGCGUCGCUCCCAGCCAGCAUGGGAAGGCCGAGCAAAACUAAGAACCAGAAGAAGCUUCGGGGAAUUGCCCAGCAUCGGUCUCAGGAAGAGUAUGGGUCUGUGCCUCACUCCUUUGUGUUUCACCGAGGUCGUGUUGGCAAGAAUGUGCAGCAACUUAUUUUGGAUGUUCGGCGUGUGAUGGAACCCUACACUGCUACUAGCCUCAAGGUGAGGAAGAAGAACUCUCUGAAAGAUUUUGUGGCAGUAGCUGGUCCCUUGGGUGUGACGCAUUUCCUAGUGUUCACAAAAACCUCCACCAGUAUUAAUCUUAAAUUCUUCCGACUCCCUGGUGGACCAACCUUGACCUUCAAAGUCACUCAGUAUUCGCUCAUCAAAGACAUUGUGUCAUCCUUGAAGCGCCACCGGAUGCACGAGCAGCAGUUCACCUACCACCCGCUCCUGGUGCUCAAUAACUUCGGCAUUCAGGGCAUGCACAUUAAGGUCAUGGCCAGCAUGUUCCAAAACAUGUUUCCAUCCAUCAAUGUUCACCGGGUGAACCUCAAUGCUAUCAAGCGUUGCGUCCUGAUCAACUACAAUGCAGACGCUCAGGUCCUUGAAUUCCGUCACUACAGCCUGAAAGUGGUGCCAGUGGGAAUGAGCAAAGGGCUGAAGAAACUGCUGCAGGAGAAGUUUCCCAAUAUGAGCCGCCUGGAGGACAUCAGUGAACUGUUGGCCAGAGACAUUAACCUCUCCGAGAGUGAAGCCGAGCAGGACGGCAGUCACAACAUCACGGAGCUGCCUCAGGCCUACGCUGGCCGUGGGAACAUGAAGGCCCAGCAGAGUGCAGUCCGGCUUACUGAGAUUGGCCCUCGAAUGACACUGCAGCUCAUCAAGGUGGAGGAAGGUCUCGGCCAGGGCAACGUGCUGUAUCACAGCUUCAUUCACAAGACUGAGGAGGAGAUCCAGCAAGCUCUGGCCAGAAAAGAGGCAAAACUUCAGCUCAAGGCUGAACGGCGCUGCAAGCAGGAGGCAGAUGUGCAGCGGAAGCUGGAGCUGAAGCAGGCGCACAGGAAGAAGAGCCUGGAGGGAAUAAAAAAGAAGCAGCAGCAACAGGCAAAGGAAGGUGACAGUGAUGCAGAGGAUCCUGGGAUGCAGGAGGACCAGAACACUAAUGAGCCCUCAGAUGAUGACAUGGAGUAUUACCGGCAGGAGGUGGGAGAAGAACCUGAUGAAGAUCUCUUCCCACAAAGUGCAAAGAGGAAAAGAGCACCCAGCCAGUCCAAGUCUGGGAAAAGGCGCAAACGCACCCUCUCUGCAGAGGAUCAGAGCCCAUCCCUUGGGACCAGCUCCAAGACAGAGCACAGGAAGACCUCAUGGCCUGGCCUUCAGCAGCACCACCGGCCAAGGAACGCCACACAGCAACAGAAGGGAGUCCCGAGCCAGCUGCGGAGGGGCCCUCAUAACCGCUCCAGGCAGCACAGAGGGCCACACAGUGCCAAGCCGAAGCGCCCCCAGGCCGCAGGGCAGCCCAGAGCUAAGAGGCAGCCUUUCUUGAGACCCGCAGCAUCACGCUGGCAGGGCAAAUCUGGACUGAGGCAGAAGCAAACGCAGAAGAAAAAAGGAGCCUGCAAGAAGCGGGGGCAUUCUGGGAAGAAAAAGCCAGCAUAGUGCCCUCGGACUCACUCACUUGGCGCUUGCUGUCUUGGCAGUUUGCGGAAUAUAUUGAUUCGCUGAGCUGCCUGCCUUUGUGUCUGGGGGGCAGGGUGGGGGGCUGGUACCUUCCUCUUCAUUUAGCAGAGGGCAGCUGACCACCUCGGGCUCGCCAGAGGUGCGUGGCAGCUGGCCAGGCUCGCUGCUGGAUAGGGGAAACAGAAAGACCAGCAUACAGAUGGAACUGUGGGGGGAAACAAAGAUGGAUUUAGGGGUAUUUCACAGAAUCUCAGAAUAGCAGAGUUUGAAGGGGUCAGAAGGCCAUCGGAUCCAGCCUCCUGCUAUUGUAUGGCGCUGUUACACCAGUGCACUCAGGGUGACUAUUCAGACAUUUUUGAAUGCCUCCAGCAAGGGAAAGCCCACAACUUCCCCAAGUAAUACUUUCAGUUUUCAUACUGUUCUAACAGUGAGCAAAUUCUCCCUGGUGUCUAGUCUAAAACCAGUUUCUUUUAGCUUAAUGUCUGUAGCUCCAUGUCCUGACUUCUGGAAUGGACAAGAAGAGAUCUUGUCCUUUCCCUCUGUGACAGCCUUUCAGGUCCUGUAGAGGGUUACGGUUGAACAUUUGUCAACUGUGUUCAGUGGAAUUACUUGUUUUAAUAUUUUCAGACACAACAGAGAGGCUGGACAUGCUCUUUUGAAAGUAGCACUUUUCCUGUGCUAGGGGCACACACUGGGUUCCUGCAGGAUUGGUUUGAAUCUCAUUAUGCAAAUCUGAUGGCAAGAUUCCAGGAAGAUGUCUGAGUUAUAUUGAGUUUCUCAAUGUAAGGUAAAUUUAGCAUCCAUGCAGGCAAAGGUUGCUUAGGGUCGAUGGCAUUACAAAUUGCCCUUGUUGCAACUAUGUGUGGGAUUCUGAGAACCUUGACUUUUGAAAUACUUUUUAGUGCAGUUCUUUGUGCCUGAAAGAAGCUUUAGAAGGGAUUCAAGAAGCUCAGUCCACACAUCAAACUAGACCAUUCUUGACAGAGCUUGACUUAACAAUUGCUAGGCAUUUUUAAAAUGGUUUACUGUAGAGAAUAUAAGUAGUCUUUCUGGACAAAAAUUACUGCUUUCUCGGGUACAUCUCACCUGCUUCUCACGAUCUACAUAUUAAAAAUACCACUUUUGUAAUUUUGGAUUAAGCAUCUACUUGUGGAGUCUACUUUGCCCUUUGGAUAAAGGGACCCUAAAAUAGUUUUUAAAGAACAUCCUUUUGGGUGUGCAAUGUCUGAGGAGCCGAAGGAUAGUAGGGAUGCUCCACUGCACAGUUGGAGACAGUGCUGCAGCCUCAGAAGGGUUGUCAGAGGUGGAGAGAACUGCAUUCACUGGCUUCUGAGGUUGGAAAAUCAACCUCUGAGAUGGGAAAAGGGAGCAUUCCUGGGGGAGGGGAAGAACGGGAGAAGCCAGGAAAUUUGCUAUCUUGAGUUGCAUCCCACCUGUUAGAUAUGGGCACCUUUCAGCUUUUCCUUAAUUCCUGCUUAGGUAGGAAUUAAAGUUCCUCAGGUAGCUGCUGAGUCCAGGCUGGAGAAUUUGCUUGAGAUAAUAUUUUAAAAGUUUAUUUAUUGAGUGGUCCAUUUAUGUGUAUUGUCCUAAUUGGAAAGCUAUUUACAGAACAUUCAAGUUUAGAUGGC